CUGUACUGUUUAUCUGUAAGUGUACCAAAAUUAAAAUCACCCUAUCCGUUUCUAUAAUCUCAUGCUAAUAUAUAAGCAGUCUACCCAUCUUCUCCAUUAUCUUUAAUCUAUUUCUUGAAUUUUCAUCAAAUUUUGCUACUGCAAAUUUGCUGCAGACAGAGGCGUCAGAGGCCGAGCAUACACAUUGAGAUUUGCGCCGCUCAUAGAAAGAGAAAGAGAAAAAUCUCGAGCAGAUCAGAGUGAUUUAAAGCAAAGGCGGCGAGAAUUUAUUGACAUGAUGAUUUUUUUAUUAAUGAAAAAUGAAUUCUUUUUUUAAUUAUAUUUAUAAAGAGAGACAAUUAUGUCUUCUUCCUUUAUCUUCUUGCUUAGUUUCUAGCUUUAGCUCAGAGCUAUAACUCUUUAAUUUCGUCCUCUCUCUGUCUUCAUGUUCUUAUGACGCCAUUCUUUUGGUAAUCUCAAAGAAAAAAACUUUAUUUUUUCCCAUUUACGUUCGUUUUUGGAUCUUAUAUUUUUAUUUGGUUAAGGGCUCCCAUCAUGUUGGUUCUUCUUUAGGAUUGUUUGGGAUUAAAAUCAAUGGGGACAUCUCGUUUUUCGAGGAGUUUUUGUCUCAGUCCAAUGUAUAAUAUGGUCUUCUUCUGCUGUUUCUGCUGAUAAUUUAUUUAUUACAGACAGACAUUUUAUUUCUUCUUCUUCUUGUUCUUCUUGAGAAGAACCUGCUGUUUCUGGUCUGGGUUUUGAGAACCCAACUGAAAAGUCUUAAUCUUGGUGGAGAAAUUCUUGGACAGGACUGGUUUCUGUACUUGUUUGAAGGUGGUUCUGUUUUAGUUUUUGUUGCUGAAAUUCAGGGGUAGUUUUGGAAUUAGAAAAAUGAAGUUUAUGAAGUUGGGUACCAAGCCUGAUGCCUUUCAAGCUGAAGGCAAAUCCGUCAGAUAUGUGUCAUCCGAGCUGGCUACAGAUGUCACCAUAAAUGUUGGUGAAGUAAAGUUUCACCUCCAUAAGUUUCCUCUCUUGUCGAAGAGUAACCGCUUGCAAAAACUAGUGUCAAAUGCCAGUGAAGAGAGUUUGGAUGAAAUUAGUAUGGCUGAUUUUCCUGGUGGUCCAAAGGCCUUUGAGAUUUGUGCUAAGUUCUGCUAUGGAAUGACUGUUACUCUUAAUGCUUACAGUGUUGUUGCUGCUCGCUGUGCAGCUGAAUACCUUGAGAUGACUGAGGAUAUUGAUAAAGGGAACCUUAUUUUCAAAAUCGAGGUAUUUCUAAACUCCAGUAUCUUGCGAAGUUGGAAGGAUUCCAUCAUUGUUCUUCAGACGACUAAAUCUCUCAUGCCCUGGUCUGAAGAGUUGAAGAUUGUGGGGAGGUGCGUAGAUUCUAUUGCAUCUAAAACCUCUGUGGAUCCUGCAAAUAUUACUUGGUCAUACACGUUUAACAGGAAACUAUCAGCGCCUGAUAAAAUAGUUGAGGAUGGAGUGAAGUUCAGAGAGAAAAUUGAAUCUGUACCAAAGGAUUGGUGGGUUGAAGAUAUUUGUGAACUGGAUAUUGAACUCUACAAGCGAGUCAUACUUGCUAUUAAAUCAAAAGGAAGAAUGGACAGCACGGUUAUUGGGGAGGCAUUGAAAACUUAUGCAGUCAGAUGGUUACCAGAUACCCUUAAUGAUUUGGUUUCUGAUGGUCGUACCUGGAGGUACAAAUAUCUGGUAGAAUCACUGGUUUGUUUAUUGCCGUCAGAAAAGGGUGUUGGUUGUCCAUGCAGUUUCUUGUUGAAGUUGUUGAAAGUUGCCAUUUUCGUUGGAGUUGAUGAUUCCCCCAAGGAAGACUUAAUAAAGAGGAUCAGUUUAAAGUUGCAUGAGGCUUCUGUUAAGGAUUUGUUGAUCCCAGCACAGUCCUUUCAAGCCACAAUGUAUGAUGUCGAAUUGGUACAAUGCCUUCUAAAUCGUUACAUGACUCAUGAAAAGUACUGUCAGGAUUUAACUGUUGAGAAGAAUGAUGAGACUGAUGAUUUCGUUUUGCGACAUGGACAUGGGUACAUGUUGAGUGUUGGAAAGUUAAUUGAUGGAUAUCUUUCAGAAAUUGCAAGUGACCCAUAUGUCACCCUUGCCAGCUUCAUAGACUUAGCUCAGUCUAUUCCCGAGUCUGCUAGACUGACUCAUGAUGGAGUGUACAAAGCCAUUGAUACUUAUCUAAAGGAGCAUCCAAAUUUGACAAAGGCAGAAAGAAAGAAAAUAUGCGGGUUGAUGGACGUUAAAAAACUUUCAAUGGAUGCAUCAAUGCAUGCUGCACAGAAUGAUCGUCUCCCGCUUCGUGUUGUAGUCCAAGUUCUCUUUUUCGAGCAGGUCCGAGCGAGUUCAGUUCAAGCUUCCAACAACAGCUCCCACAACGCUUCAAAUUCCAUGACAAACACAGAUGAAGAAUGUGACAAAGCAACAGUAGAUGGCGAAAAAACCUUAAAGAAGCAGAUGAGUAAACCGAAAGUAAAAGCCGAAGACUUGCAUAAAAAUGGACAACUAACAAAGAAAAACAGCAAGAACAGCAAAAGCGGCAUCCAAUUGUUGCCGUCUCGAUCAAGGAGGAUUUUCGACAGGUUGUGGAUUGUUGGAAAAGGGAGUGCAGAAAACAGAAGUUCAGAAACAUCAGGAAGUUCGCAAAGCCCGAGUUCCAUGGUUCCUGGAGACACAAAAUCCUCAGGCUCAUCUUCAAGAAACAGAAGACACUCCAUCUCCUAAGCAAAGAAAUCAAUCAAGCUAAUCAUAUGAUCAGAAGUAGACUAGAAAAAUCUGCUCAACUGUAAAAAAAGUGGUAGGAUUUCAUUGUAGUAGUUAAUCAUCAUGGGUUUAUUAUGCUUGUCUAUUUCAUCACUUUAGAAAAAAAAUGUAAUCAUUUUUUCUUUC